CUUCCUGAUUGUCCUGGGGUGCUUGAUUCUGGCUGUCCUGACUACAUUCAAGGAGUAUGAGACCGUCUCGGGAGACUGGCUUCUGUUACUGGAAACAUUUGCGAUUUUCAUCUUUGGAGCCGAGUUUGCUUUGAGGAUCUGGGCUGCUGGGUGUUGCUGCCGAUACAAAGGCUGGCGGGGGCGACUCAAGUUUGCCAGGAAGCCCCUGUGCAUGCUGGACAUCUUUGUGCUAAUUGCCUCUGUGCCAGUGGUUGCUGUGGGAAACCAGGGCAAUGUCUUGGCCACCUCCCUGCGAAGCCUGCGCUUCCUGCAGAUCCUGCGUAUGCUGCGAAUGGACCGGAGGGGUGGCACCUGGAAGCUCCUGGGGUCGGCCAUCUGUGCCCACAGCAAAGAACUCAUCACCGCCUGGUACAUCGGUUUCCUGACACUCAUCCUUUCUUCAUUUCUUGUCUACCUGGUUGAGAAAGAUGUGCCGGAAGUGGAUGCACAAGGAGAGGAGAUGAAGGAGGAGUUUGAGACCUAUGCAGAUGCCCUUUGGUGGGGCCUGAUUACACUGGCCACCAUUGGCUACGGAGACAAGACACCCAAAACUUGGGAAGGCCGUCUGAUUGCUGCCACCUUUUCCUUAAUUGGUGUCUCUUUUUUUGCCCUUCCAGCAGGCAUCCUGGGAUCGGGGCUGGCACUCAAGGUGCAGGAGCAGCACCGUCAGAAGCACUUUGAGAAAAGGAGGAAGCCAGCGGCUGAGCUCAUUCAGGCUGCCUGGAGGUAUUACGCUACCAACCCCAACAGGAUCGAUCUCGUGGCAACAUGGAGGUUUUAUGAAUCAGUUGUCUCUUUUCCAUUCUUCAGGCAA